AUGGAUGAGUUGCUUUAUCCUCCCGUCAGGUUCCCUUGUCUGAGCGAAGGCUUAGGCCAGCGCCAGCAUUCACAUUCAGGUUCAGGUUCAAGCAGGUCGCAGUCACAACCGCAAGAGCAGUCGCAAGAUCAAGAUCAAGACCAAGACCAAGACGAGAGUGACAAGUCUCAGCCCAAAGAGCCAAAGGAGCAAACCGCCCAGCCUAGCCCAUGUGAGGACGACGACAACGACGACGACAAAACCAAUACCAGACUCUACUCGCUCCGUGAACAGAUCGAAUUGAGCUAUGCGCGCCUCGAGAAGUUGGUCGACACGCUUCGUAACCACAACCACAACUGCAAAGACGGCCUGUCGACAGCUAAGGCCGCCUCGACUGGACCGGGAGACGGAACAGCAGCCUUGGAGACGGGAGAACAGGAACAAGAACGGGAACGGGAACAAGAUCAGGAACAAGAUCAGGAACAGCAACGGGAACAAGAGCCAGGCCGUGACCCAACGCAAGGACAAGUGCCGGAACCGCAACCGCUCGUCAAUGUUGUGCUCGUGGGCCACAGUGUCGGCGCGUACAUUGCGCUAGAGAUUGUGAGGCUACGGCAUGAACGGCAUGGAUUUCGUCAAUCGUCGUCGUCGACAACAUCAAGCAGCAGUGCAUCAAACCGGGCAAAUUCGACUUCCGGUAUAAACAUCUCAUCUACGAGUACUGAUACUACACGUACAGGACAAAGCUCAACUUCGUCACCACCUGCAGCUUCAGUCAAUGCCUCGUGGACAGUCACCGCAUGUAUCCUCCUCACCCCGACUAUCGUCGACAUUCAUCGCUCCCCGUCCGGCCGCGUCGCGACGCCGCUGUUGACCUCCCUCCAGCUCGCACUCCCAUCCGCAUCCGCGUCGCGGUUUAUACUACCUGUGCUGGCCCACACGCUGGUCCACUCGGUUCUUGUCAAGUCGCUGCCGUCGACCUGGCUCUCUUGGCUCGUGGAGCGAGUCGCCGGCAUGAAACGGGGCUCGCAUGGGUCCGACGCCACACUGGCGUUCCUCAGGAGUCCGCGCGGCGUCAAGCAGGCCUUGUAUAUGGCUGCGGAUGAGAUGGGCCAGAUCAGAGCUGAUGGGUGGGGUGAAGAGGUCUGGGGAGCAGCAGCUGUCGAUAACGACAUUGGCGGGGCUACAAGGUUCUCUCCUACUCCCAGGCUCUACUUCUGGUUCGCAAAGUCGGAUCACUGGGUCGCGGACAUCACGCGGGAAGAGAUCCAAAGAGCCAGAGGCGGCGGAGUGGUGGAGAGGGACGAGAUCGAUAUUCUGGGCCACGCGACUGAUGAGGUACAAUUUAGACUUGACGCCACCAACCACGACAAGCACGCCGUGGACGAAGCGCCGAUGGUGCGGAUAUAUGAGACGGACGGGCUGGCGCAUGCUUGGUGUCUGAACCAGAGCGAGUUCGUUGCCCGACGAGUGAUAGGAUGGCUGAGGGAGAUAUUGGGUCAAGAGUGUCGAGAAUCCGUCUGA